AUCGCCGAAGCAAUCAGAAAAAAAAAGUGCCCGUAGCUACGCGACGUCUAUGAGAAAAGACACUCUUAAUUUAAUCGCAAACUCUACCGUAUGUGUGUUCCAAUGGAACAAGAGUUGGUACAAAUGUUACCUUUGUAAAGAAAGCUUCAUCAAUAUGGACGAACUGAGAGAGCAUACUGAGAGUCACACGCUCAAGGAAUUGGAAGAUAAAAUCAUAUCUCAACAGAAUAAAAUGGUUAAAGUUGAGAUAUCGCAACUGUUCUGCAAAUUGUGCAAGAAACAAUUGAAUAAUUUAGAAGAAUUACGUAAUCAUUUAAAAAAUCACGAUAUACAAUUUAAUUUAGUUGAUGAUUUGUUGAUGCCUUUUAAAAUCAACCGGGACCUUCGUUGUCAGUUAUGUAACGAGCCAUUUGAUUCAUUCUAUCGUCUUAAUAUUCAUAUGCACAGACAUUAUAAAAAACAUAUCUGUCCCAUUUGCGGUACUACCUUUUCAAACUCUGUCCUUUUAACCCUACACAAAAAUAGAUCGCAUCGAAUAUGGCGUUGUGUACUUUGCGAUGUUACCUUUCCUUCGAACGCAGAAAAGAAAUGUCACGAUGUGUCUACGCAUAAAAAGCAGAUAGAAAAGAAAUUAAGAUUUCCUUGUAAAUACUGUCAAGAACGUUUUUCGCAGGAGAAUAAUCGUAUCCAACAUUUAGUAGAUGCACAUGGUUUGCCCAAACCUGAACAUAAAUGUCAAAUUUGCUCAAAAGUGUUCAUUACGCGAAGUUUACGAAACAACCAUGUCAAAAAUGUACAUCAAAAGGAAAAGAACAUUGAAUGUGACAUUUGUCAUCGUCUAUUCUAUGCUAAGUCUGACGUCACGAGGCACAAAGUGACGCACACAAAGGAGAAGAAAGUCGCCUGUGAGUUGUGCGACACGCUAUUUGCGACUAAGGACUCGUUGCGUAAACAUGUGAGAAGAAUACAUACAAAUGUACCAAUAAAAUAAUGUCAAA